ACGGCUCAGAUGCUGAUUUCGAAAUUGUGUGUGCGCCAUGCAGGGAAGAUAAUAUCAGAGAAGAAGCUGUCAAAUUUUGCGUAGAAUGCAAUCAAUAUCUUUGUACAGCGUGUGCUAGAUAUCAUAGAAGGAUAGCAGCUUUGAAAUCACACAAGCUUUUGGAUACAGAUGAUGCCAAAAUCGCAUCAGUAUCUGCCAUAGUAACGAAAUGUCGGUACCAUCCGGAUCGAGACAUUGAGAUGUACUGCGGAACACACGACAUGGUCUAUUGUCUAAAGUGUAUAGCCACGGAGCACAGGGCUUGUGAGAGUGUUAAAAACAUAGAAGACGUAACGACACCUUUUGUCCAACAAAAUGAAAUACAAGGUUUACAAGAUGAAACUAAAGCUGUUCGCGAUCAGUUAAUAGCUGCAAACAAGAAGAAACAAAAAAAUGUCGAUUCCUUUGGAGAGCAAAGAAAUGAAAUACUACGGAAUAUUCAGGAUAUCGAAAGAAAUAUACUAGAACAUAUCGGGAAAUAAAAAAGAGAAGCAGUUGAAAGUUUGAACAAAAGGUACUCUGAAAUAAAUAGGGAAAUGGAAUCGGAAAUCAACUUGACGGCAAAUACAAUAACAGCAGUCGACAAGUCAACAAGUAUAUUGCAAAGUGUAAGCAAUAUGGAUGCUAGACAACAGUUUGUUCAAAUGAAAUUGAUACAAAGGACUGUAAAAGAUGCUAAGAAAGUGUUUGAUGAAAGUGAGUCACAGGGUACUAGGGUUGCUCGUUUUAUUGAAAAUGCAGAUUUGAAAACCGUUAUAAUGACUGCUACAGAUUUAGGACGGUUGGAGACAAUGAAUAAACAUCAGAAGCUGCCUACUCCAAAACGAUACACAUUGAAAUCAAAGAAAGAGAUUCAUGUCAGAAUGCAAAAUGAUGUUGAGAGAUGUUAUAUUUCUGAUACAUGCCAGCUUCAUGACGGUACUAUCAUACUCACCGACCACUACAACAAAAAAGUAAAAUGGCUUGACGUGAAUUAUAAAGUACAGUGUCAUUGUGAUCUAAAUAGCAAUCCUAGGGACAUCUGCUGUACCACCGAGAACGAAGUUGCUGUGAAAAUGAACAACAACAAAGUUCAGUUUAUAUCGGUUGAUAGUUCGUUAGCUAUACUGAGAGAUAUAUCGAUAGAAGGUGGAGGUUACUGGGGAAUGGCGUAUAUUGCUGGAGAUUUGUGGGUAUCUACCGGGAGUGGUAUCAACGUGUACAAUAGAUCAGGUACACUUCUGAAAUCUAUCAGCAAUAACGUAAAUGGUCAGAGAAUAUUUAAAUCUUCUCCUCAGCAUAUUGCUGCCAGUGGAGAGAAUGUUAUUUAAGCAGAUGGAAGUGAUGGGGCUGUGUGUUUAGGAAGAGAUGGAACAGCGAAAAGUGAACUGCGGGAUGGAAGGCUGAGCUUCUCCCAAGGUGUGUGUGUAUCUAGUGAUGGCACCGUGUUUCUGUCUGGAUAUAGUUCCCGCAAUAUUGUGAUGUUUAGUGGUGAUGGAAAAUAUCAAGGAGAGCUGCUAACGACGCAAGAAAUGGGGCUAACGAAUCAUGGAUCGCUCUACUACGACAACAAAAGAAAUUGCCUAAUUCUAACACGCCAUACAAGAGGUGAUAGUAUUUACAUACUUGAAAUGUGCGACUGAUUUCAAGAAAUACAGACAGUUGCUCUAAAAACCAUAGGACAACAGGAUAUGCCGAUGAAUUGCAUACAUUUUCCAAGACAUUUGCAAAUUCGUAUUUUAAUUGAAUUAUAUACUAUAUCUGUUUCCUAGUCUGAUUAUUUAGACAGUUUCCACAAAAACCGUUUUAUAAGACAGUCGCUAAAAUGACAUAAAAUUGUGUUGGUGCGGCGUUCGCAGCGUUCAACCAAACAGAAAAAAAACAACAAAUUAAUCGUGUAUAUAUUUCAAAGUUUGAAAACUAAAUUACCUCCUCUUUGGCAAAAUGUGGCAAAAUUAAAAAUGCAAAAAACAUUCGAAAUAUCUUGGAACUUAGAAGUUUUUUCGACUAUUAAGUACAUAAAUAAUACUUUAUCUUUUUCUACGAAUGACAUGACCACUUGCGACAUUAGCACAUUUUCAACGCACAGUUCAUAAGGGUAGUACUACGGCCCUGGUCGUCUCUUUCGAGCUAUGGAUUUCAAUUCCUGACCGAUCGCUUUCACAUUGGCUUUUUUCAUCCACAGGCAUCUUUACAAAAGUUAUGUCUUAAACACAUGUAAUGAGAUAUAUGCCUUAAAAGGCACUUAUUUAUUCAUUUCGGAAACUUGACCCGUGAUUUGACAG